AUGAGCUCGUCCAUCACCCGCACCAUCACCAGGAACUGUGAUGCUAACAGAGUGGCGAAGCAGGAGCGUGUUUAUGACCACUUCUAUGACCCGGUCUGCACCCUGUCAUCACAGAAAGACCAUGUCAAGGCCACUGUCAAGGCCUACGCCUCCAAAAACAGAGUCAGGAGGGUGCCCGAGUUUGCAUCUAUGUUUAGUGACACUCCACGCUACACCAUGAAGCUGGAGCGUGCAGACCAGGUUCCGGCCUUGAGAGAGCAUCAGUGGAGAGUCCAUCAAGACCAGCGCCAAGAGGCCCUGCAGCAGCUGGCCGGGGUUUUACCGAACGCUCAGCCAAGGCUGAAGAAGAGCGACUGCCAAGUGAUUGGACCGGACUACUGGAAAUUUUACAAACGCCCUCUGAUUCCCCUGGGACAGCAGUUCCUUCCAGAUGGGAUUUUUGCAUUGCCAAAAGAAGACUUCAUAGCUGGUGGAGAAAAUGCUGAGGAGCGACCGAGCCACUUCACGGUGGGGGUCCAAACAGACUACAGGGAGAGCGAAACACAGACGGAUCCAUACAGCCCGGAGUACGUGGUGCCGGCCGGGACCAGCCCCUCAGAACUCCUGCAGCUGGCCACUUUGACCUGGGGUCAUGGUCUUCCUGCCGGUUUGGCAGAGGUAGAGCUGAUAGAGAGGGCUCGAGCCAAGCGCGUUUGGGAGGCCAGCCUUCCUCCUCUGGAUGACCUGAGCCAGACAGACAAGAGAAGGCGAAUGAUGGAGGAGAUGGAGGCCAGGGAGUGGGCUUUCAGAGAUGGAGAAAUCCAGAAGCUGCAAGACGCUCGUCUUGAGGUGCUGAAGGAGCUGCUGAGAGAGAGAGACGAGGCUCAGAACGACUUCACAGAGUCCCGACUGAUCCAGAUGUUCCUGAAGCUCCAAAAAGACAAAGAGGCGAGGCAGCAGAAAGUUCAGAACGACCACAUGAGAGCACUGAGGAAGUUGGAUGCCAGGAGAAAGAAUGCAGAGAGGAGGCUUGGCCUUCACGGACUGAUCAGAGAUUCUCCGGCCUACGUCCCAAAGAUCCGCACCGACGUACCCAGCAGCCAAAACACCAGCAAGUUUGAAAGCCUCUACCUGGACACGUACGAAGGGCUGCAGGCGGUGGAGGCAGGAUUAAAAGCUUCAGUCCUCCAAGGAACGACUAAAAAACCUAAACCCAAAGUCAGCAAGUCCCCCGUGACCAGCUCCAUGGACCUGAUGAGGAAAUACAAGGACUGGAGCGAGGAGCCCAACAACAAACCGGCGGAGAGACAAUUACGUCUCCUGGUCAAAAAGGAGAAGCCCCCUCCUCGUCCUGCCACCCCCGAGGUGGAGCACCUGCCAGAGGGCGACGAGGAGACGGAGCUCGCCGUCAUUCACCUGCAGAAAUUACUGAGAGGAAGAAGCACCCAGUACAAGAUGUUUAAAGGGAAAGAAAACCACAUGGACCUCAUCAGGGAGCAGAGGUCUGUCCACGCCCUGCAGGAGGAGGAGCAGAAGCUCCAGAGGGCUGAAGAGGAGCUUGUGCUGACCCUAAAAAAACAGAGUGACAAACGGAGUCGUGAGAUCGCUCAAGCGGACGCCUCUCAGGCCGGAGUGGUGGGCAGGGAGCUGGAGCAGCUGUUUGACACCAUGUCCAAGGAGCUGAUCCGUCUCCAGGAGGAGCGCCGGAUUCACGCGUUCAUGCUGCUGGCUGAGCGAGAGCGCCGUCUGCGCGAGGCCGAGGAAAGUGGAAGACGCCAGGCGGAGGAGCGCAGGCGCAGAGAAGAGGACGAGGUUUUCAGACAAGUGGUGCAGGUGCACCAGAACACCGUGGACCUGUAUUUGGAAGACGUCAUCCUAGCGACCGUUGACAAGGAAGCCGACCAGCAGGCCAGAGAGGAGAUCCACAAGAAGAUCCAAGAGGUCAACGCCAUUGCUUCUGCCAUGGAGGAAAGCCGCAGCGAUCUGCAGUCGGAGGAGAUCGUGUCGGAGCUGAUGUACAGUUUUCUCAUCCCUGAGAUCGAGAAGAUAAACGUCAGGAAUAGAGUGCUCCAGAAGCAGCGGCCUCACCUGCAGGCAGCGCAGAGCCUCAUCCAGGAGGCGGCAGAGCCCCCCAGGACCCAGCCCGGGACUCUGCAGCCUGAGCGAGCCUCUGAGACAGCCUCAGGACAAGAGCCGGAAGCCGAGCAGCAUCAAACCAACACUGAGUGA